GCGACUCCGCACGCGCACCAACCCUUCCGCUCCUCGCUGCGCUCCCCACGCCUCCACCCCAACCCCUCCGCAGCACAGCACAGCACUCCCCCUCCAGUCUCCGCUUCUCUCGCUCCCCGUCUCGCCGCUUUCCCUCCCCCCGCCCUGGGCGCCGCGGCCGCCCGCCCGGGCCUCGAGAAUCCCCCUUACCCUCCCGCCGCCGCCGACGCCGUAGCCGGCGGGUUCGUAGGAGAGCUUGGUUAAUGUUUUACUGCUAUCGUUGAUGGUAGACUCAGUUGUCCACAACCGCCUGGAAAUUUUGUUCCAGCUCCGUAGUUAGUACCAACCGUUUUCUUUUUGUCCAGGGGGAUUACUGGGCAACUUCAGAGUGAAUUAUGGGUGGAUUCUGCUGUUGCCUCAGUACUGAAGAUUUUGAGGAAUAUGUCCAUCCCAGCAACCCUAUCUAUAGGCAAUGCAUGCCAUUGAGGCAUUUGUUCCACAACAUUUUUGGCAGGUAUACUGCAACAUUCCAGAGGCUUGAAUCUAGGCCAAGCAACCCAGCCCAAGGGACUGCUCCACUGGGAUCCGCUAAUCCAAGUGCUAGCAUAAAUGACAGUUCGCUAGCUGAAACUUAUCACCUUGUUUCUAGACCACCCCCCUAUGAUGCUGAUCCUAGAUAUGCCCGUGUUCAAAGAGAGGGACUGGUAUCAAGGCGUGAGAAGUCCAUAAAUCUCGCACAAGAAGAGUCGGUAGCCCUUAGACGCAAUGGCAGCAGCUCUGGUAUUGAGCAUUUAGCUGCUCAGAAGAAACGGAGCAGUACUGAAAAUGAGGGUGAAUAUAAGGUCCAUCGUUCUGAAUCAACAAAGAGUUUGUCUGCAAAAGCUUACAGUAGCAGCUAUGCAGUUGUCGGUUCAGAAGAUGAGGAUGUGUGCCCUACUUGUCUGGAAGAAUAUACCCCCGACAAUCCAAAAAUUAUUACUAAAUGCUGUCACCAUUUUCAUCUUGGUUGUAUUUAUGAAUGGAUGGAGAGAAGUGAUACAUGUCCAAUUUGUUGCAAGGAAAUGGAGUUUUGCGAGAGCCCAUGAUAGCAUUUUGCAGCACCUCACAUCAGAGCAAGGGAAAUCGUCUGCAGUAUGGAAUGCCAAGGAAUUGUAAAUAAUAGUUAUGUGCUGUCCAAAUAGAUCUCUUUCUCGAGAUCAGUUUCUUACAUGUACUGAAAUGAUGAUCUUACUAAAAUUCGUGCUAGAAUUUGCUUGCCCGA